UUAUUGCUUGAAUUGAUUUCUUUACUUGUGGUUUUGGGCGAUUGAGAUACAUGAUUAGAGAAUUAUCAGUGAGCUUGUGAAAGUGUUCUGGAUGAAGGCUUAAAAGCUCUCCGAUGCGACACAGGAAGUCGGCAAGAAAAUGAACCGGAGAUGACGAUAUGCUGGUAGUGAGGCUAAGUUGAAUGUAUCGUACAUGGAGAUCUGAGUAUUUUUAGUGGGUCAUCGGUGCAUAUCGGGUUCUAUUUUUUUUCACAGCAGGAAAGAAGAAAAAAGAAUACCGAGUUGCAAUCUUGUCUGUGAUGCAGAGAGAUUGGGAUAAUUGAAUAAGAUAUGAGAUUUCUUGUUUUUAUUCCCCAAAGUUUGGGUUUACAUGGAGGAUUUAUGAGUAUGUAAGCCUAAUGGUCACCCUUGAUCUUUUUGCAAAAUGUACAAGAAUUUUAGGAAUAUAGGGGUUAGAGCAGUAAUUUGGACUUUGAUACAAUAUAGUUGAGCUCAGAAAGUGGACAUGGGAAAGUGAACGAUCCUGAUUAUUACGACCUACAAGUGUGCAAACGUAAUGGAUGCUCGUGAAAAUCAUUUUGCAAAAUGUACAAAAAGUUUAGGAAGUUAGCGAUCAGAGCAGUAAGUGGACAAUGAUACAGUCAUACAAUGAGUGUUUAGCUUGAUAAUUGAACAUAUGAAAAUGAUGAUGUUCCAUGUCACAUGCCAUAUGGGUGCUCAUGCAAUGCAUUGAGGAAGAAUGGACAAAAUGUCGAAGCAUAUAUUGAACUUGCAGAUGAUGCCACCUUGCCAAUCCAUGCGAUGAGUUUCUAUGUGAGCUCUAAAUUGAAGCCUGCAAAGAAUCUGGAAUGCACUUUCAAGAGAGGUAGUACGGGCUAAGGUGCAUUUAGUUUGAAGACUAAAGAAAGGUUGUCAAGGAGCAUAUAAAUUGAGGGGGAAGGCUUGUGUUAGUCGCUGUGGGAACACGAUAAGAUUAUCUCUGGUUGUGGUUGUUCAAGUUAUGGUUUGAAGUUUGACAAUACACUGAUCAUACUGUAGUCAUCUGAGUGGGUAUCGGUACCAGAAACAAGUUCAAUCCUGGGACGAGCUAGCAUUGCUGGUCUGGAGAAAGCUGUAGAGGUUCUAGAUACCCUUGGAAGUAGCAUGUCAAACUUGAAUCCUAGCAGUGGAUUCACAUCCGGAGUGACGGCCCGAGGAUAUAAAAUUUCCAUCUUAGCAUUUGAAGUGGCAAAUACAAUUGCUAAAGGAGCUAACUUAUGGAGAAGUCUUUCAGAUGAAAACAUCAAUAUCUUGAAAGAAGAAGUUUUGCAGUCAGAUGGAGUAAGAAAACUAAUCUCUGCAGAUGCUAAUGAGUUGCUGUGGAUCACUGCCACUGACAAAAGAGAAGAACUUGACUUUUUUUCAAGAGAAGUAAUUAGGUUUGGGGACCUAUGUAAAGACCCAAUAUGGCACAAUCUAGGUCGCUAUUUUGAGAAAUUGAGUUUGGAUAUGACGCCCACAGAACAGUCAAAAGAGGAGGCAGAAAUGAUGAUGCAACUCUUAAUAUAUUUGGCUCAGAGUACUUCUGAGCUUUAUCACGAGUUACAUGCUCUAGAUAGAUAUGAACAGGAUUACCGAAGGAAGCUUCAAGAAGAAGAGUUGAUACCUGCAGCUAGACAGGAGAGUAUUUUGAACAGUGAACUGAAACGCCAAAAGAAGCUUGUGAAGAGUUUGAAAAAGAAAUCCCUUUGGUCCAGAAACUUGGAGGAGGUGGUGGAAAAGCUUGUAGACAUUGUUACAUUUUUGUAUAAGCAGAUUUGGGAAUCAUUUAAAACUUCUGGUUGCAACUUACUCGACUAUAAGCCAGCUCAGAAUCAAACCUUAGGUGCUUCUGGUCUCGCGUUGCAUUAUGCUAACAUCAUCAACCAGAUUGAUAAUAUAGUAUCUCGACCACUAUCCCUUCCUCCAACUACAAGGGACAGUUUAUAUCAAGGAUUGCCUACACGCGUGAAGGCAGCACUUCGUACCCGAUUACAAUCAUUUGAUGCCAAGGAAGAGUAUACAGUUGCUCAUAUAAAAGCUGAGAUGCAGAAAAUCUUAUGUUGGAUCACUCCAUUAGCAGAAAACACAACUAGAGCACAUCAAGGUUUUGGAUGGGUAGGAGAGUGGGCAACCAUGGGUACUGAGAUUAACAAGAAACCAGACAUGCAAAACUGCAUUGCCCGUAUCCAGACGCUUCAUCACGCAAAUAAAGAGAAAACUGAGGAGUACAUAUUAGAACUAGUGGUAUGGCUUCACCAUCUAGUUAUCCAGGUGAAGAACAGGGGUUAUGGAUUAACAUCAGCCAGCCCAGUUCAAAGUCAACCAAAUAAGGGAACAGUGGUGAUCUCAGAGUCCAUACGAGAACCAUCUCAGGCAUGCAAUGGUAGAAUUGAAGGUGCCCUACUCUCAGAAGACGAAAGAAAUAUGUUGGAGCAAGUAACCCUGAGGAAGAUUACAUUAGGGAGAAGCAAAAGCUUGGACUUGGAGAAGAGAGCCAGGAGACAUAGGGGUCGGAAUAGGAGCUGUGAGAAUUCUCCAGACAAAGAGUUCAAUGUGGCAUUAGAUUGGAAGCUGGAGAGGUCAAGAGUGUUGGAUGUGAUGGAUGGGCUCAAUACGCUCGGUGCGCUUCCAGUAGUUCAGUUUUGUACAUAAGCUCAUGUGUUCAUGAGCACUAAGCCUUUUCUUUCUCUCAUGUAAAUGCCUUGGAAGGGAUUCCAUGAUUUAUCUCAUCCUGUAUAGUUAUUUGAUCUGAAGUAUUACAUAUGGAUUAAAAGAAAGCAGCAAUGAGAAUAGCUGCUGAUUACUAUA